AUGCGCAGAGAGGAUGCAGGUGUUGCGGCAAAGAGCAGUCCAGAACCUGCACCAAUAGUACUUAGAACGAAGUUUCCAGAGACAUGGCUGUUUGAUUACUUUGAGAUUAGCUCCAACGGCGAAGCAGUUUAUCAGUCCUUGGCACCAGACACAAUCACAUCAUGGGUGGCAAGCGCAUUUGCCAUCAACGACAACUCCGGAUUGGGUGUCGCGCCGACCACGUCCAAGUUGCGAGUAUUCCGUCCGUUCUUCAUCCGUUUGAAUUUGCCAUACUCAGUGAAACGUGGCGAGAAGUUUGCUUUACAAGUGUUGGUGUUCAAUUACAUGGAAAAGGAACAAGACGUUACGGUAACGCUCAAACACGAUGACAGCUCUGGUUUCGACUUUUUGAAUAAGGAUGGCAGCAUUCGAAAGAGUCGUGACACUGCUGAAAACUACAAUAUCCGUGUUGUGUCCGUACCAGGUGGUGGAGUGUCGAAAGCCGUCUACUUCCCCAUCGUGCCAACAGAAAUCGGAAUGGUCAAGCUGACCGUCACGGCUCAAGCAGCCCAAGCUGGCGAUGGCGUGGAAGAACCGCUGCGAGUUGAGGUUAGUCAGUACACAUGA